AUGGAUUAUGCUCGAAAUUCCUUGCAAACAUCAAAUAAGCGCAAGCAGGUGCUUGCGGUUAUCGUGAUAAUAAAUAAUCGUGUGUGUUACCUGGACGAAACAGUCCUUGCAAACUCAAAAGGUUCAGGAGCACACACGAUUGGGGCGUCGCAUUGCAACGCAUUCAAUGGAAGAUUUAAACGAGACUCAAAAGGGAGUUUCGAGCUAAUCGACGCGUCUCUCGACAAGUCAUACGCAGAGACACUAAUGAACAAAUGUUCGUCCUCAGAAUCGUCGUCACUGACGGUGAGCAACGAUCCAGAGACAUCUUCGACAUUCGAUAAUCAGUACUAUAGGAAUCUGGAGACGCACAAGGGUUUGUUCCAAACGGAUUCUGCGCUGAUGGAGGAUGAUCGAACGAGGAAGAUGGUGGAGGCACUGGCGAGUGAUGAGGAAAGCUUUUUUCAGAGAUGGAGUGAGUCGUUUGUGAAGCUGAGUAUGGUUGGUGUGAGAGUUGGUGAAGAUGGUGAGAUUAGACGUACAUGUUCUUCCGUUAAUUAG